AUGCCGCGCAUUCCUGUCGUCACCCUGAGCAGAUACCUGCUGAGAGGUGAGCUUCCACACCGAGAAUGCUUGCGCCUAUCGCGGCCACUCAGGCCGACCCGCCGACCCGUGCCUGGUGCGCCGUCCUUGGGCUUGCGGCCCCUCCACUCCGAGAGUGCGUCGUCGGCCUCGAUGCCGGCAUCGAUACAGACACCGGCCCACGUACCGCUGCGUAAGCAGAUGAAGGAUGAGGCCAAGAAGGCGAAGGCCCUGGGGAAGAAGAAGAAGAAGAACGCCAGCAAUCAAGUAAUCGAGGGUUGGGAGUUGACCGUCGGCAUUGAGAUACACGCGCAGCUCAACACCGCCAGAAAGCUGUUCUCCGCUGCUGCGACCUCGUUCAACGAUGACCCGAACACCCAUGUCGCCUAUUUCGAUCUUGCCACCCCCGGGAGCAUGCCCAUCUUCCAGCGGGAGACCCUAAUACCCGCCCUGCGAGCUGCUCUGGCCCUGAACUGCGAAGUGCAGCCGCGGAGCAGCUUCGACCGGAAACACUACUUUCACUGGGAUCAGCCGUCGGGCUAUCAGAUCACGCAAUACUACGAACCCUUUGCCCGGGAUGGCCGCAUCUGGCUACAGUCCCGGGACGGCAUUGCUGCUGAGGACGGUGAUGGGAUUCCCGUCAGGAUCAAGCAGGUGCAGAUGGAGCAGGACACCGCCAAGACCAUGGCGCAGGCAGAGAACACGCACUGGAUCGACUUUAAUCGAACCGGGCUGCCCCUAAUCGAGAUCAUCACGCACCCGGAUAUUCACCACCCGGCAACGGCCGCUGCGCUUGUCCGCAAAGUCCAGAUUCUCCUGAACGCGGUCGAUGCCUGUGUUUCCGGCAUGGAAACCGGUGGCUUGCGGGCCGAUGUCAAUGUGUCAGUGAGAAGAACAGACGACCCGAACGCGCCUCUGGGCACUCGCACCGAGAUCAAGAACUUGAGCAGCUUCAAAGCCGUGGAGGAUGCCAUCAUCGCUGAGCGCGACCGGCAGAUUGCUGUGCUCGACGCUGGCGGUGUUGUCGAGGGCGAGACUCGAGGCUGGUCUAUUGGCUCCACCGAGACGCGCAGACUCCGCGGCAAGGAGGGCGAAGUCGACUACCGUUACAUGCCUGAUCCCGACCUGGCGCCUCUGGUUAUCCAGAACGACCUCGUCAACCACCUGCAGGAGAGCAUGGGCCAGCUGCCGGAUGCCGAGGUCGACGAGCUGGUUCGAGACUUCGGCCUUACCCCCAAGGACGCCUUGUCUCUUGUCGCCCUGGACGACGGCCGAAGGAUCGAAUAUUUCUGGAACGUCAUCGAUGCCCUUUCAGCCCGGCUCGGCCCCGAUUGUACCACGAGACUGUCCUGUUUCCAGCUCGCUGCAAACUGGAUCCUGCACGAGCUUGGCCGUCUGGCCGCCAACCCUCACGAUGACGCCUCCCGGGAUCUCAUCUUCACAUCUGAUGGACAGUGCGACCGUGUUUCAGUCGAUGCACUGGCUGAUAUCUUGCACCUUCUUCAUCAGCGGAAGAUCACUGCCAAGGUGGCCAAGGAACUUCUCUGGGUAGUAUAUCGCGGCAUCGUGCCCUCACAAUAUGCCAGUAUCGUUGAUGCGGUGGAGACGGAGAACAUGUGGUUCCGCGAGCUGUCGGAGGAGGAGUAUAAUGUGCUGGCCGACUCCGCAGUCGACGGCCAGGAUGGCAUCCUGCAACAAUUCGUCAACUACAAGCAAUAUCCCCAAGGCAAGCUCAUGUUCUUGGUUGGCCGCAUGGUACGAUUAGGCCCAGAAGAGCGGAUCGACCCCAAGAAUGCGGAGAUAGUCAUGCGGCAAGCCCUCGAAGAGAGGUAUAUUCCAGCUUUAAGACAAGAUGCUUAA